AUGAGAGAUACAAAUAAAGAAACAAAAGACCAGCUCAUCAUUGAUGCAGGUCAAAAACAUACUGGGACUACUAUGUGUAAGUCUUGUGGCAUGAUCUAUUCUGCUGCCAACCCUGAAGAUGAACUGCAACAUGCCCAAUACCACCAGAGAUUCCUGGAGGGAGUUAAGUAUGUGGGCUGGAAAAAAGAGAGAGUGGUUGUGGAGUUUUGGGAUGGAAAGAUUGUGUUGAUCCUGCCUCAUGAUCCAAGUUCCGCUCUGAGAAAGGUAGAAGAUGUAAAAGAACUUGUGGAUCAUGAGUUGGGUUUCCAGCAAGUCAUUCCCAAAUGUUCAAACAAAACUAAAACUUUCCUCUUUGUAUCUGAUGAAAAGAGAGUAGUUGGCUGUUUAAUUGCAGAACCUAUCAAACCGGCCUUCCGAGUCUUGUCUGAACCAUCUGGCCCAGAAUCUUCAAACUCUAAAGAAAGUUCUAGAGCUUGGCAGUGUUCAAAUGCACCAGAACCUGCAGUCUGUGGGAUAAGCAGAAUCUGGGUUUUCAGACUGAAAAGAAGAAAGCGCAUUGCAAGAUGACUGGUAGACACUGUCAGGAAUUGCUUCAUGUUUGGCUGUUUUCUCAGCACUAACGAAAUAGCAUUUUCUGACCCAACACCAGAUGGCAAGUUAUUUGCAACCAAGUACUGUAACACCCCUAAUUUCCUUGUAUACAAUUUUAAUAGUUAAAGCCAAUUUUAAUGA